AUGGUGAGACAUGCAGGUCUGCUCGCGACGCUGCCGGCAGCGGGAGCCCUGGUCGCCAGAACCCCCUCGCUCGACGCCGCGAAUGACUUGCCGAGGGCGAAGGAUUGCUUGCCCGCGGACGAGGACAUGCACAUCGUGUUCUCGACGGGGUGCAACGCUUACCAGCACUGGCAGGCGGAGGUACUGCUCAACUCGGCCUGGCACCAGGGCCAGUGCGGGAAUGUUACUCGCAUAGUGGUGGGGUGCGAAAAGAAGGUGGUAGAGAGGAUCCGGGCACACCCGGGAGGCGCUGCAGACGAAUUGAUCGCCGAGGGCGACCUAAAGAAGUCCACCUUUCCGGGCUUGAAGGUGCACGUCGCGCCAGCGAUCGCCGAGGCCGAAGAAUUCGCUUGGUUCAACAAGCCUUGGUCGUUCAAGCAUUGGCUGGACAGCCAGUCCGACGCCAUCGCCGAACGCGCCGUGGUGAUCUUGGACCCCGACGAGUUUUUCCUCCAGCCGUUAACGCAGCGCGCUGAGCAUGCUGACGAUAGCCCGUUCGAGAUCAUCAACGGGUACCCAGAGCAGCUGAAGCAUCAGGUGACAGACGUGGCGCAGCCUGGCUGGGGUGUUGCGCAGAAGUACGGCUUCGGCCCAGAGAUCCUGCGCAAGUUCGAUCAGCGCACGAUCUGCCCCAGCGGAGCCGCCAGCCCGUGCGCCAACAUGACGAGCGAGGAGGCGAAGCAGUACUACCCAGCGGGGCCGCCGUACAUCCUGCACAACACGGACUUCAAGAAGGUCAUGCCGACGUGGUUGGAGUUGAUGAAGCCCGUGUACGAGCAGGACCGGGGCGACGUCCAGGCCGACAUGUACGCGUACGUGUACGCCGCCGCCCACCACGGUGUGAGGCACGUCGCGCUGGAGAACUACAUGGUCUCGAACGUCGAGGGCCUCGGCGAGGCGUGGAGGUGGGUCGACUCGCUCGCGAGCAUGUCGUGCCACGACCCCGAGAGGGCGCUGGCCGGGCGGAAGCGGCCGGGCUUCAUCCACGCCGCGGGCCGCUACAGGGCGUGCACCGGGGGCCACCGGGUCGGCCACGGCGCCGAGGGCUGCCCCCACGGCUCCGAGCUGUGGGAUUUCCACAAGAGCCACGUGCCGUCCACCAUCCUCGGCUGCGACGACCCGCUCCUCGCGCCGCCACCCGACGAGCUCUUCAACGCGCAGGCCGCUGCCCGAAACUCGCACGGCAAGCGCUCGGCGUUCAUGAUCUGCCACCUCACGUUCAUGAUCAACCGCGCUGCGCUGGACUACAAGAAGAGGUUCUGCAAAGCCGGCUUCAACGCCAGCAAGCGCACGCGCUUGGUGGGGGCUCGAGGCACGGGCGGCGGGGUGCGUUGA